CGCCGCUCCGAGCACAAGAGCGCACGGAUGUCAUUCAUGGAAUAAACAUACUGGGAUUUAUUAGAAUGGCCUAGAGAAAGACAUCAGGAGGAAAAAAGGAGGCCUGGUUCAGUCAAGAUGAGUUUGACAUCCUGGUUCUUGGUGAGUGGAGGGGGAAUAAGGCACCGUCUUCCCCGAGAAAUGAUCUUCGUGGGACGGGAUGACUGUGAGCUUAUGCUCCAGUCUCGCAGUGUAGACAAACAGCAUGCCGUCAUCAAUUAUGAAGAAGCUACAGAUGAACAUAAAGUUAAAGACCUGGGGAGUCUAAACGGGACAUUCGUCAAUGACGUUCGCAUUCUGGAACAGCAGUACAUUACUCUGAAAAUGGGGGACAAGCUGCGGUUUGGCUAUGAUACCAACCUGUUUACCGUUGUACGCGGAGAGCUACAUGUUCCAGAGGAAGCGCUGAAGCAUGAGAAGUACACCAGCCAGCUUCAGCUCACCAAGAAGCCUUCGCCAUCAGGAGAGACCACCAAAACUCCAGAAGUCAAAGGAGCAGAAGGAGGAAAAGAGACUGAGGUUAGACCAUCAGAACCAGCACCAAAAACAGAAGAGAAGGUGUCGGGGGACAUAGCUUUGCUCCACAGAGGAACCCCUCUUUACGGACAGCCAUCUUGGUGGGGUGACGGGGAUGCAGAUGAUGAAAAUUCUGUAAAACACGACGCAAAGCAAGCUAGAUGUGAAGCAGGCCGUAAAGAAACAGCUACAAAGUCGCAGAUGGGACCAGAAACCACACAGAGUUUGGGAACCCAGGAACCCAGUUACUUUGAGAUUCCCAGUAAACAGACUCCACCAGUAGGGGGAGAAACAAGAGAAACUCUACACACCAGCUCUGAAGCAGUUGCAUCAGUUUUGACAGUACCGGCCCUGGAAGGUGGCACUCACGGACAUGCCUCCUUCACUAUUGAGUUUGACACAACGGCUUCAGGGAAGGGAAACAAAGUUUCAAAGAGUAACCAAGACCUUCGACCGCGACCCAAAAGAGGGGCCGGGGAGGAGCUGAGUGCCUUGCAGGCUGCCAUGGUGGCAGCGGAGGUAAAGGUGGCAGACUGGCUAGCGCAGAAUGAACUGCCAUUAGCCCGCUCUGAAUCUGUUGCUGAGGAGGAUGGAGACAGCGUGAAGAGUGAUGUGCCGGUUCAGCUGAGGAGCCUCAGAGGCAGUAAGCAUGAGGAUGGCACACAAAGUGACUCAGAGAAUGCACUGGGAGAGCAGCUCAGUAGCCGCAGGACAUUUUUGCAGGAGCGAUACAGAGGAAGGCAGGCCGUGCAGAGGACAGAAGGCCCUAUCUGUGGGAGGGAGGAUCUCUUCCAGCACAAACCAUCAUCUGCAGCUAGAAAGAUGGCACCAAUAGGGGGUGAAGUUAGCAAAAAAUCUAGCCGUUCUUCCCCGCAGAAGACCAACGUGCCCAGAGAGCAAAGUACUGGGUCUCAAGAGACUCCGAAUAGAGGGCAUAUAGAUGACCAAAGCGACAGAGGGACCUAUACCAUCGAGCUGGAAAAUGGCAGUGCUGAGGUGGAAGAGGCCAGGCGUAUGAUUGAUAAGGUUUUUGGUGUGGAGGAUAACCAAGCCCUGACAAAACUGCGUUUUCCAAAACACCAGAAAGAUAGAGGAACCAUCUGUCCGAGAUCUGGAGCCAUGGAAAACAGACAAACUGGUUAUGUUGGUGCAGAGGCACUACCAGAUGACUUGGUUGUAGUUGGUGGUCCAAGGUGGGUCUCACAGUGGGCUAGUCUAGCUGCAAGUCAUAUACGAACUGAUCCUGAGGGAUCCGGAGCUGAACCCACCAUGCUUUCCACAGAUGAAAAAGCUGGAACAAAACAAUCUGAACGAAAGAGAAGGACACUCCCGCAGCUCCCUUCUGAAGAUUCUUCUAUGGAUCCAUUGGUUCCUGAGGCCACACAGAGCCAAUUCAGGCAAACAGCUUCUUCAUCAGAGAAACAGGAUCUAGAACUUCAGGAGAAAGUAAAUCAGCUUAAUAGAAUUUCUAAGACAGGACCAAGAGUUUCAGGAAUGGCUUGUACAGACAAAGAUCAGUCUAAAGUAAGCAAGCCAACACCACCUAAAAUACAGAAUAAAGCUGGUCAACCAAGAGCUCAACCUGGUCAGACUGAGAAAAAACAAGAAGAUGGGAGACGGAAAAAAGGCGAGGAAGAUAGAGAGAAGACAGGGAAGCCAUUACUAAGGCAAGAGAGCUUCACAGUGGAACGGCCAAGUGCUAAUGUUCCCCUAGAGCUCAUACCUUGCAUUGAUGGUCCUGCUGCCUCAACCCAGCCCAGGGAAAUGGGAGUCAUCAGUGAGGUCAUUGAUGCUGCCACAACAAAAGAUUCAGAGGCUGUGGCUGCUUUUCUGGAAACCACUUUAUCAGACCUAGCAGAUCCGCCAAGCUACUCCCUGGAGGGGUCUGUCUCACCUGAAUCAGACAUUGAUACGACAAGUACAGUUAGCCAAGCUGGGGGAGAAGGAGGACGUAAGACAGCCCAAAGGAAGCGUUUAGCUGGACGUGAAACAACAAAUAAGAACACCAGCACCACAGAAAGGAAGGGCAAAGCUCAGCCCUCUGGCUCUGCUGGCUCCAGAGCUUGGACAUCUCUUGACCUGACAGAUGAUGACUUGAGCUCUUCCCUUGCCCAGGAUGCUACUUCAGUAAAGCGACCCCAGGGUAGGGGUCAAAAUAUCAGCUCUAAGGCUGAGCAAACAAGUGGCAAGACCAAAGGACCAAAGACAAGUGUAACUCCUGCAGCCCCCACCUCUAAACCAACCACUCUUCCCCGCCCUCGACCGACAAGGGCUUCCCUUCUGCGGCGUGCACGAUUGGGUGAAACUGCUGAAGCUGAUCUUGCUGAUGUCGAUCGAAUGUCUGUUGCAUCAGAAGCAUCUACCGCCAGCUCUGCAUCAAGACCUUCAGCUGGGCGCAGGACCCUCUCUCGGAUUGAAGCUCUUGCUCAGCCACGAAGACCAAGAGUUUGCUCUCCUUCAGCUCGGAGUGACUCAGAGGCAACAUCAGGCAAGAUCAGGGGCUUUGCCCCACGUCCUGCUCCUGAUAGCACACUUCGGCUUGGGUUACGCUCUUCAGGAGUCUCAUCAACUGCAGUGGUCCCCAGAGCAAGAGCUAACAGUGCUUCCAAAUUGCCUGAUAAAUGUCCUGUUACCCCCUAUGUUCACAGUACACCUGCAGCUGGGGGAAGGUGGCGCCGGGUGCCGAUCGAAUAUGCUUCUACCUCAGAAGAUGAGUAUGGCUCCAAUCGCCACCCCUCUCACCACACUCGCCCACGCCCAAUGGCUCCACGGGUGACCCAACUGGGUGGUUCCGCCCCUGCAACACCCAGCCCUGGAGGCAUGUCCAUGUUACGACACCAGUCUAGCAGAGAGCAGGAUGAUUAUAUGAGAGACUGGACUGCCCACAGUGAGGAGAUUGCCAGAAUCAGUCAAGACCUGGCUAAAGAUCUGGCAAUGUUAGCGCGUGAGAUCCAUGAUGUUGCUGGCGAGAUUGAUUCCGUUAGUCCUUCCUCUGCUCCCUCGGCUUCAGUUGAGGACCGUGUGUUUGAAGAUGUUCUGGGCAGCGCUCCAGAGAUCAGUGGCAGAGGAGUGGAACUGAGGCCUCGUGGUGCCAUCAGCAGUCAAGAUCCCCGUGCCAUCCGCCGUAGGACCUGGAGCAGAGAUGAGGGUGUGCUGGACAGUUUGUUGUUGGCAUCAGUCUUACAGCUCUCAGCAAAAAUCAAACAGGCCGUGGAAAAGACAGCCAACAAAAUCAGGAUUUUAUUCAAAGACAAGGACCGAAAGUGGGAGGAAAUUGAAAGUAAACUGCGGGCAGAAAACGAGGUGCUUCUCCUCAAGACUUCUAAUCAGGAGAUUUCCUCCAUACUCCAGAAUCUGAAGAGAGUGGAACGACAGCUGCUCGUUAUUGAUAUCAUGGUGGACCCUGAUGGCACGUUGGACGCUUUGAGCAAUCUGGGUUUGACCAGUCCACUUAUGGCUGAAAACAGAGUUAGUCCGGGCUCACAAGGCCCAGCUGGCAACCAGGCGGCAGAAGCAUCAGCCAGUGUAACCGCAUUACCGUCUGCAUAUUCAGAGGUCGCAGAACGAGAUCUUGGCUUGCAGGAGCGGAGCAAAGAGCAGAACACUGCCCAUCAAAACUGAAUUACUCCCAACAGUUUACACAGACAUCCUGCACUGGAUUCCUGAAGCCAAGUCAACAGGACUUUUAUGUGAAUAAUCUGAGGUAUGCUGUAAAACUUCCUAUAUGGCACUGCAUUUAAACACAGUACGUAUAUCCAUGGACAUAUUUUCAGUAAUUAUAGAAAAUAUUUUGAAAUAUCAAUCAACUGUAACACCCUGUAGUCAUAAGCAUUAAUUAUUGUGAGAGUUUGUCUUUAUAAUCGCAGUACUGUAGAUAUGCCCGGAAAAAAAACAUUGAGCACAUGACUUUUGAUCGAGAAGAGGUUUGAAAGACAUAAGAUGUGAUUUCUUGCUGUGUAUUGUCAAGUGUGGAGCCAAACUAAUUACAUAAUGUACAGGGUUCAAAAUAAAAGGUGUAGUCCACCAAAAUAUGAAUAUUCCGCCAUCAUUUACUCAUCUUUCAGUGGUCUAAAACCAGUCUGAUAUUCUGAAGAUUUAUAGAAAACAGUACCCAUUGACCCAUGGAAAAACAAAUACCAUUGAAGUCAAAGGUUAGCAGUUUCCAACAUUUUUAUUCCAACAAAUAAAUGAGUAAAUGAUGACAGAAUUUGUAUUUUUUAGGUGAGCUAUCACUUUAACACUCUCCAGUUCGCUGGUAUUUCAAAUCGGAAUUGCAACAUAAUAUGCAACAUAGGCUCAUUCUGAAAAUGUACCCCUAUAUACAUUUCUGGAGAUCACAAAUUCGUCUUUAAAACGAAGGCUACGGGGCGAUAUGACGCUGUUCCUUUUUGCGAUUACCAGCUGACCGCUUACCUUUGUAUGGAUGGGUCUCCCGCUGUUGCCGGUUUGUCCAGUUAGCUCAUCUUGUUUGUCAGUGGACUUGAGACGCAAAGCAGAGUUGACUGCGAUGGCAGGGUUCGAGUCUGGUGAAGAACAGUUCCAGUAGGGGGGUAAGGCAAAAACAGAAUACAAAAAAUAAAAUAAACAAGUAAAUAACAGGGUGAGAAUGUGGUAAAAUCUGAAAAUGUGGUAAAAUUCAGGUGGCCACAAGGGCUUUUUUUCUGGAUUGCUUUUUAAAACUGUCGGUUGGGUUUAGAGAAGUGGGUGGGCGGGUCAAUUUUUGAUUUUGAAAACACUAUCGGAUGGGUCAGGCAUUGGAUUUAGGCAUAGGCAAUGUGAGCAAACCACCCCCCCUACUCUUCACUUUUGUCCACGAACCCCCACCCCCAGCCCCCUCAACACCCCCCCUCCCCCUUUAUUCACUUUUAUCUGCAAAAGGGCGGCACGAACACCCUUGUCUUGCUAGGGGUGGCAUGGAGACAUAUCAACCCCCGCUCUUCACUUUAGUCCGCAAAAGGGUGGCACAAACGCUGGCAUUUUGCUAAGGGCGGCAUGGAGACACUAACGCCCCCUCCGCUCUUCACUUUUGUCCGUGACAACAACCCCCCGGUCUUCACUUUCGUCUGCGACCCCCUGCUCUUCACUUUCAUCCGGUUUUGUAGAGUUAAGCUUGUGCCGCUACUGGGUUAGGUGUAGAGAAGGAGGACGGUGGGUCAGGCGAUCAGUCAGUCAACAGGCCUCUGGUGAAUUUACGUGAGAAUAGCAGGCAUGAAUGAGAUCUGAGAAAGCUAACACAGCGGCCUCUGUUGGAUUCCCGAAAACAAAAAUUGCAAAAAAAAAAAAAAACAUACCUCUGGGAUAUAUUUGGCGCUCUCCAGAAAUGUAUAUAGGGGUAUAUAAUCAGAAUGAGCCUGGCUUGAUAAAAGGUUUGUUUUUUACAUUAAAUACAUUACAUGUCUGACAACUUUUACCUCAGUAGGAGAACUUUCCAUCAUAAGUUUAUCUGGGAUGCAUAGAGUUGUUUUUGUUUUCCAGAACUCCAUGUGGAGACACGUAUGUGGAAUAUUUCUCAUGUUAAA